GAAGUGGAAAAAAUUAAGAAGCAAGUUCGUGAUCUCCAAGCCGAGUUAGAUCAGACAAAAAGCACUCUUCAAAGUACAGAAGCUGCCCUGGUUUCUACAAAAGAAGAAAACAAAUCUCUUACACAGGAAAUAAGUUCGAAACUUCAGUCAUUUUGCAUUCUCGCAUCGCGCCCACCACAUGUUAUCAUUAGGCGCUCGCAUGAUAUUGAAAGAAUCAUUAACAAAAUGGAGGAACUUUACAAAAGUUCCAGCGCAGCAGUCAGUACAGUGUAUUUGUCAGGAAAUCCAGGAUGUGGCAAGACCCAACUUGCCCGGGAAAUUGGACAACAGCUCUUUUAUGAACAAAACAAUGAUCUUAUCUUUGCUGCGACACUGAACACAGAAAACAUUGAGACACUUGUUGACUCUUACCUCACCCUUGGAAGACACCUGGGGAUAACAGAAUACGCGUUGACAAGCUUAGAAUCUUUAAAAACUGUGAAACCUGUUGAAGCAAUUAAACAGCUCCAUCGCUUGAUUAUGACGAAGACCAGCAAGUUUACCAAAUGGUUGAUAGUAGCAGACAAUGUGAUUGACUUACGCUUAGUCCGCGACUUGCUUCCUCAAACUGGCAGUAAAGAAUGGGGCCAUGGGCAAGUGCUGAUUACCACUCAAGAUAGUGGUACAAUUCCCCAAAACGCUCCUCACACGUAUCAUGAAUCGUUAAGCAAAGGAAUGGGGCGCGACGAGGCAGUGGAAUUGCUGGAAACAGUAUCGCAAAUUUCAGAGCCAGUAGAAGCAGAAAAUGUCGCUCGACUUCUCGAUUUUCAGCCACUGGCUUUAGCUGCUGCUGCUUAUUACGUGCAAACUGUUGUGACAGGUGGAUAUUCAAAAUAUGAUUGGAAAGCAUACCUUCAAGACAUAUCAACAUACAGCCAGCGAAAAACGACCGAAACUGUCCUUGCUAAUGAGAGUUCAGCCUAUGCUAAAACAACAAUGGCCGCAGUAGAAAUGGCUAUCCAGAGAGCUGUUGAAACAGACGAGGUUCUUCGUCAUACAUUCUCUUUUCUGUCGGUCUCCGCUAACGACGACCUACCACUCGAAACUGUUUUAAAGUUUGUCAAAGCCCAAGUAAAAGACCAGCCAGAGGUUUUAAUGAAAGCAAAGAUUGUAAAGUCCUCUUUAAGUCUUGUUCAUUCCGAAGAAGGGGUGAACGAACUUAUUUACGUUUACACAAAGUUGUACAUGAAGCUUUGAAAAGAGGCGAGAUAGCUUACCUGAAAUCAUUUGAGAGUGACCACACCAUGGCAGAAGCGGUAAAGAUUUUCAAGGUUGAACUUGACGAAAAUGACGGGAAUUAUGCGUUUUGUAAAAAACUGAGGCCCCACUGUGAAUCUUUACUUAAGCAGAUGACGUCAGAGUUUAGUUUGGAUCAAACCACUUUUUUAGAAAGGUUUGCGCCCUUCUUAGAUUUGAAUACAAUUAUUGAUUGGCUACAUACCCUCGCCUGGGUCUGUCAAAGAAGCUCCUAUUUCUACUUUGCGAAAAUUGUGGCCAACUUAGCUCACAAUCUACUGGGGAACUUAGACGACACUUCAACGGGUGCGGCAACUCUUCAAUGCAAGGUUUUGAACGUGAGUGGAGUGGUAUACAAAGACCUGAAAGAAUACAAUCAAGCCAAAGAACUUCACGAAAAAGCACUGACGAUUCGCAAAAAGAUUUUUGGUGAAGAUCAUGCCGAUGUCGCAACAAGUUAUAACAACUUGGCAUUAGUGUACUACAACCUGAAAGAAUACAAUCAAGCCAAAGAACUUCACGAAAAAGCACUGAUGAUUUCCAAAAAGAUUUUUGGUGAAGAUCAUGCCGAUGUCGCAACAAGUUAUAACAACUUGGCAGUAGUGUACUUCAACCUGAAAGAAUACAAUCAAGCCAAAGAACUUCACGAAAAAGCACUGAUGAUUUCCAAAAAGAUUUUUGGUGAAGAUCAUGCCGAUGUCGCAACAAGUUAUAACAACUUGGCAGCAGUGUACGACAACCUAAAAGAAUACAAUCAAGCCAAAGAACUUCACGAAAAAGCACUGAUGAUUUCCAAAAAGAUUUUUGGUGAAGAUCAUGCCAAUGUCGCAACAAGUUAUAACAACUUGGCAGCAGUGUACGACAACCUGAAAGAAUACAAUUAAGCCAAAGAACUUCACGAAAAAGCACUGAUGAUUUCCAAAAAGAUUUUUGGUGAAGAUCAUGCCGAUGUCGCAGAACGUUAUAACAACUUGGCAUCAGUGUACUACAAGCUGAAAGAAUACAAUCAAACCAAAGAACUUCACGAAAAAGCACUGAUGAUUCGCAAAAAAUUUUGGUGAAGAUCUGAAAGAAUAUAAUCUUGGCAUCAGUGUACCAAAGAAACUUCAAGCCAAAAAACGAAAAGCACUGAUGAUUCGCAAAAGAUUUUUGGUGAAGAUCAUGCCGAUGUAGCAACAAGUUAUAACAACUUGGCAUCAGUGUACUACAACCUGGGAGAAUACAAUCAAGCCAAAGAACUUCACGAAAAAGCACUGAUGAUUCGCAAAAAGAUUUUUGGUGAAGAUCAUGCCGAUGUAGCAACAAGUUAUAACAACUUGGCAUUAGUGUACUACAACCUGAAAGAAUACAAUCAAGCCAAAGAACUUCACGAAAAAGCACUGAUGAUUCGCAAAAAGAUUUUUGGUGAAGAUCAUUCCGAUGUAGAAGCAAGUUAUAACAACUUGGCAUCAGUGUACGACGAACUGGGAGAAUAUAAUCAAGCCAAAGAACUUCACGAAAAAGCACUGAUGAUUCGCAAAAAGAUUUUUGGUGAAGAUCAUGCCGAUGUAGCAAGUAGUUAUAACAACUUGGCAUUAGUGUACUACAACCUGGAAGAAUACAAUCAAGCCAAAGAACUUCACGAGAAAGCAAUGACGAUUCGCAAAAAGAUUUUUGGUGAAGAUCAUGCCGAUGUAGCAACAAGUUAUAACAACUUGGCAUUAGUGUACAACAGCCUGGGAGAAUACAGUCAAGCCCGAGAACUUCACGAAAAAGCACUGGUGAUUUACAUAACGAUUUUUGGUGAAGAUCAUGCCCAUGUAGCAACAAUUUAUAACAACUUGGCAUCAGUGUACAACACCUUGGGAGAAUACAACCAAGCCAAAGAACUUCACAAAAAAGCACUGACGAUUCUCAAAAAGAUUUUUGGUGAAGAUCAUGCCGAUGUAGCAACAAGUUAUAACCGACUUGGCAUCAGUGUACAACAGCCUGGGAGAAUACAGUCAAGCCAAAGAACUUUACGAAAAAGCACUGACGAUUCACAAAAAGAUUUUUGGUGAAGAUCAUGCCGAUGUAGCAACAACUUAUAACAACCUGGCAUCAGUGUACAGCAUCCUGGGAGAAUACAAUCAAGCCAAAGAACUACUGGAAAAAGCACUGAUGAUUGACAAAAAGAUUUUUGGUGAAGAUCAUGGCAGUGUAGCAACACGUUAUAACAACUUGGCAUCAGUCUACAAAAACCUGGGAGAAUACAAGCAAGCCAAAGAACUUCACGAAAAAGCACUGAUGAUUGACAAAAAGAUUUUUGGUGAAGAUCAUGGCAGUGUAGCAACAGGUUAUAACAACUUGGCAUUAGUGUACAAAAACCUGGGAGAAUACAAUCAAGCCAAAGAACUUCACGAAAAAGCACUGAUGAUUCGCAAAAAGAUUUUUGGUGAAGAUCAUGCCGAUGUAGCAACAACUUAUAACAACCUGGCAUCAGUGUACAGCAUCCUGGGAGAAUACAAUCAAGCCAAAGAACUACUGGAAAAAGCACUGAUGAUUGACAAAAAGAUUUUUGGUGAAGAUCAUGGUAGUGUAGCAACAAGUUAUAACAACUUGGCAUUAGUGUACAAAAACCUGGGAGAAUACAAUCAAGCCAAACAACUUUACGAAAAAGCACUGACGAUUCGCAAAAAGAUUUUUGGUGAAGAUCAUGCCGAUGUAGCAACAAGUUAG